UUCUCUUUUAUCUUCCCCUCUCUUCAAACCCUUCAAGAGCCAAUAUUUCCAGCGAAAAUGGUGGUUUCUGCUGACUGCAGAAUCUCUCUCUCUGCCCCGACCUGCCUACGCGGCUCCACGGGAUUCACCAGGCAUAUUAAGCUUGGCAGCUUCUGCAAUGGAGAGCUCAUGGGGAAGAAGCUCCAUGCUCAGCUUCCAAAUGUUCGAUCUUCUUCUACCAACUUCUCUCAGAAAAGAAUCUCAAUGUCUUUAAGUAGUGUAGCUGCAGAGGCCAAGGCACAAGAAAUUGAGACUGACAAAAGGGAUUCAAGGACAGUCGCUUCCAUUAUUCUUGGAGGUGGAGCAGGAACUCGACUCUUUCCUCUCACAAAACGUCGCGCCAAGCCUGCUGUCCCUAUCGGGGGAGCAUAUAGGUUGAUAGAUGUACCGAUGAGCAAUUGCAUCAACAGCGGAAUCAACAAAGUCUACAUACUCACACAGUAUAAUUCAGCAUCAUUAAACAGACAUUUAGCUCGCGCUUACAACUCCAAUGGAGUUGGCUUUGGAGAUGGUUAUGUUGAGGUUCUUGCAGCCACUCAAACGCCAGGAGAAUCUGGUAAUAGGUGGUUCCAAGGUACAGCAGAUGCGGUUCGGCAAUUCCAUUGGCUUUUCGAGGAUGCAAGAAGUAAAGAGAUCGAAGAUGUGUUGAUCCUUUCUGGAGAUCACCUCUACAGGAUGGAUUACAUGGAUUUUGUACAGGAUCAUCGGCAGAGUGGUGCAGAUAUAAGCAUUUCCUGCAUACCUAUAGAUGACAGACGUGCCUCAGAUUUUGGUUUGAUGAAGAUAGAUGACAAAGGAAGAGUCAUCUCUUUCAGUGAAAAACCUAAAGGAGAUGACUUGAAAGCAAUGGCAGUCGACACAACUGUUUUAGGACUUUCCAAGGAGGAAGCUGAAAAGAAACCAUACAUAGCGUCAAUGGGAGUUUAUGUUUUCAAGAAAGAGAUAUUGUUGAAUCUCUUGAGAUGGCGUUUCCCCACAGCAAACGACUUUGGUUCAGAGAUUAUACCCUUCUCAGCUAAAGAAUUCUACAUGAAUGCUUAUCUCUUUAAUGACUACUGGGAAGAUAUAGGAACGAUAAGAUCUUUCUUUGAGGCAAAUCUCGCCCUCACCGAGCAUCCACCGGCAUUUAGUUUCUACGAUGCAGCAAAACCAAUAUAUACAUCAAGGAGAAACCUGCCACCAUCAAAAAUAGACGGCUCUAAGCUCGUUGAUUCGAUAAUUUCUCAUGGAAGCUUCUUAACCAACUGCUUAAUUGAGCACAGCAUUGUGGGAAUUAGAUCUAGAAUAGGCAGCAACGUUCAGAUGAAGGACACUGUGAUGCUUGGGGCAGACUUCUACGAAACUGAAGCAGAAGUUGCAUCACUACUUGCUGAGGGAAAAGUUCCCGUUGGAAUAGGGGAAAACACAAAAAUUAAAGAAUGCAUAAUAGACAAGAAUGCUAGAGUCGGGAAGAAUGUAAUCAUCGCAAACUCGGAGGGAAUACAAGAAGCAGAUAGGUCAUCCGAUGGAUUUUACAUCAGAUCUGGCAUUACAGUAAUCUUGAAGAAUUCAGUAAUUGGAGAUGGAGUUGUGAUAUGAUACUUUUAAUCUUAAAUUGUAAGAAGUAUGAACGCAGAGCAGAAAAGUCAAAACUAUAUUAAUAAAGAGAUAUAUCUGAUUAUGACGACAUUUCUCAUAUAAUCUUUCCAUGUUAUUGAUAAGUUG